AUGGACCCCGCAGUAGUCGAUCGAUGUUUCGUUGACGAGGUUCUUGAGCAUGUGCAAGUUCGCGAUCUCGUUGUCGGCGACAACCCACCGCACAUUCGCUCCGAGUCAUUCCGGGACGAGCAAGGCCUCGAGGCAUAUCUUGAGGAUGACAUGAACAAGGACUACUCGUGUCGCUUCAUCUCCGUGUGCCAGCGCAACUCAUGGAGACCACUCCAAAUCACGCGGGCGAUGAUGUCGGCGGUGGUCAAUGCCCAUGACCUGAGUCCAUCACUUUGGCAACUCGCGUCGUGCUUCUACACUCGCAACCUAGAUUUAGAGGACGCCUUUUGCGUUCCAUUGACGCUUUGCAUCACUGGACCAUGGAUCGAAAUGUCGUAUACUAUUCGCUAUCCCGAAUUCAAAGAGGCCGACAAGGAGUGGGCGAUACGACAGAGCGGCGUAUGCCACCGCAUCAACACGGAAACGCGGCAGAGUGUCUUCCUCUUACUCAACCCAAAGCCCAACGCCAAGGCCCACAUGGUCGUCAACCAGCACCUUUCCUCACGGAGGGAUGGAAUGGCAACCGAUGGGCUUCUUUCAUUGCACCAGGUCUUGCUCAGCGCCCAUCUCCCUGCCUGGAGACAGUACGUUGCCACGUUUGAAGCCCAGUUUCUCCCCAUGGCAAACAGUACAUUCGCCACUUACAUUGACGAGCCCCUACGCUUAGGGUACGACCACUUGAUCAGCAUGGUGAAUCUCGAGAACCGCUUCAACAAGACGAUAAGCCUCCUCGCGUCUACCACGGAGCUCAUCACAGACUUGCGUGCGCUGCUCGAUAACCAUGCGUUGAUGCCCGCGUCGCGAGAUGACAGCCACACCGACGUUGUAUUUGACAAUCACCUGCGUCAGUGCGCGGCUUUUACUCGUACGGCAGCAUACCUGGAGCGGCGCGUCCAGACAGCCGCGCAGCUGCUUUCCGACACACUGUCUUUCCGAGAUCAGGUCAUCGCCAAAGAGCAGAGCGGCAACAUGCUUCAACUGAACAAGUCUGCCGUGUUCAUCACCACCCUGACGCUCAUCUACGCACCGGCUUCCUUCGCGGCGACAUUCUUCGGCAUGAACUUUUUCGCCAUGGACCAGCCCAGCAGCCGCAUCAUCUGCACAUCCAUGAUAUGGAUCUAUCUCGUUGCCACCCUCGUCAUCACUGGGCUCACAGUCAUCUUCUACUACUGGCUGAUCCAACACGACGGCGUGCUCUUUUGGCGACUCGCUCCGAAAGUCAAGGUCAAUGCCGAUUGGAGGGCAUUGGCGCGGCGCCUCACGAAACUGGACCAGAAUGUUGAGCUCCGGGACAUGUACCGAUCGGUGUAG